AAUUUCUGUAUUUUACAAUUUUGUAAACGCUUGAAAAAUUGUGCAUUUUCUUUUAAUUGGUGCAGGUAACCGAGGUUUAACUUUGCUUCAACGAUAGCUUAAUCGUGUAGACGGCCCAGAGUCCGCGAUUAAAACUAGAAGCAAUCAAACAAACAACGCCCAAUCGCUGAACGAAGAAAAGAAAACUUCGAAUCCAACUCCGACUACGUGUGUGGUUGAAUCUUGUGCAUUUUGUUGAAAUUCGCAAUGGCUGAGAAGUAUACGUUUGGCACCUCGCUGGCGUCCAUAACGUGCCACGCCUGGAACAAGGAUCGUACUCAAAUCGCUUUAUCGCCCAACAACCAUGAGAUUCAUAUCUAUAGUCGGGACGGAAGCAGCUGGAAGUUGGCCGACGUGCUCAACCAGCAUGACUUGCGUGUCAUGGGCAUUGAUUGGGCCAAGAACACGAAUCGGAUCGUGAGCUGUGCUGCGGAUCGAAAUGCGUAUGUCUGGACGCAGGCCGAUGAUGGGAAGUGGAAGCCAACCCUCGUGCUGUUGCGGAUCAAUCGUGCCGCAACUUGUGUCAAAUGGUCGCCGGCUGAGAACAAGUUUGCUGUUGGCUCUGGAGCUCGACUUAUUUCGGUGUGUUACUUCGAGUCUGAGAAUGAUUGGUGGGUGUCCAAGCAUAUCAAGAAGCCUAUACGCUCCACGGUCACCUCACUGGACUGGCAUCCCAAUAAUGUUCUCCUGGUGGCUGGUUCCACGGACUACAAGGUGCGCGUCUUUUCGGCAUUCAUCAAGGACAUCGAGGAGCCGCCUUCUCCAACGCCCUGGGGUAAUCGCAAGCCAUUGGGCCAGUUAAUGGCCGAGUUUAGGAACUCGCUCACCUCCGGCGGCGGUUGGAUCAACAAUGUUAGCUUCUCCAGCGACGGCAAUAAGGUGUGCUGGGUGGGCCAUGACAGCUGUGUGAGCAUUGCAGAUGCUACCAAUGGCAACACCGUCAUUCGCUGCCGUACCGGCUACUUACCUUUCCUCUCCUGCGAGUGGGUCUCGCCAACAUCGAUCGUGGUUGCCGGCUACAGCUGCGUUCCGCUUCUGUACAGCCUCACUCCGGACAACAAGCUCGUGCUGAGCGGCAAGCUGGACAAGUCACAGAAACGGGAGGCUAGCGGCAUUACAGCCAUGAGCAUCUUUCAGUCGAUGGACCGUAACAUGCGCACUGAAAACACCGACACAGUCGUGGACUCGAUACACCAGAACGCCAUCACCAGCAUGCGGUUGUAUGCUGGUGACAAGGCGAACGCUACUAAGGUAUCCACAUCGGGUGUCGAUGGCCAGCUGGUCAUCUGGACUGUGGAACAGGGUGGCAUCAACGGAGGCAUGCGUAAUCUGCAAAUCUAAGAUGCAUUGUUUCUACCCCCCCUUUUCUAUGUUUUGUGUGUGUCGCUUGUUGGGUCGUAGCCUGCAAUUGUUAUUUGUUAAAAACAAAUUGUAGAUUGCAGGAUGAGUGCACAGUAUUUGCCAAAAUGUUUUCGAAAAUCGCUUUUUUCAAUUGUUUAUCGUAUGAAAGCUUUUUAUAUAUAUUAAUUUUUUAUGCAAAUAACUAAAGAGAUUAUGUUCUUUCUUCCACUUCAUCAGAAAUAUUUACAACAAAGUCUGUGAAUGUAUUUUUGUGUUUUUCUUUCUUAUCAAUUGCAACAAGUGAAACUGUUUAUUGAA